GACCUUCAUUUAAUAUUCUAUCUCAGAGACAAUCCUAAACAAAGCAUUUUCGCCUGACUACUGUGAGAAAAUGGAAUGUAGACUUCCUUUCGUGUUUCAAGAGCACAACAUUUUACAACAUUUGUCAGAGAUUCAAACUCAGUACUUGAGUCAACAACCCUCACAAGGCCACUAUGCCAUCCAAGACAUGUGAGUAGUUAAUACUUAAAGUAAAUCACAGUUGGUGUAUAGCAUCACCAAGAGAAUAAUGCACAGUCUUUGGCUUUCAAAGCAUCACUAUUUCAACUUCAUUGUACUUUAUUUUUGUCUAAUAGUUUUGUGUCUGGCAUCAGUAGAUUUCUUUCUAAGAUUUAGCUUCAUUGUGCAAAAUACACAAUGUCAAAUACUAGAACUGUGUUAUGGAACAGUUUCCAAUGACGUAUCACUUCAUCUCUUUGUGAUAUUCUUUUCAGGGACACCAAUUGACGUCAUCACACGAAUAGAUGCACUAUUUGGUAUUACAUCCGUUGGUUUGGUAUUAACCUGUAUAGCACUUGCCAUCGGAUUGAUAGAUCUAAAAUGUCUGAUAGUAAUCAAGAAAAUGAUUACAAAAGAAACAACAGUUGAAACAGCAUCCCUGUUGGAAAGGACAGCACAUGAAGUACUUGUCAUUGGGGAAAAUUCUGCUUUAAAUGAAGGUAUUGAAGAAAUGUCCCACUUAGGUCAGGAAGAAUCUUGUGAACAGGCUGAACCUCAUGUAGACUUACAAGAACACUCAUUAAGAGCAGAGUCAAGGGAAGAUAUUGGUGGCAGAAGGAAAACAGAAAUGCAGUCGUCAUCUAUUCAAACUGCAGCUGUAAGGCCUAAACAAAGAUCCCUAAUCAGUCAAUCUCAACCACCCCCCUCUGAGGAAGAUUCCUUGGAAUAUACGGUUUCACCCAAUGAUGAGACUGUACCAUUGCUUCCGAGGGGUAGCCAAGAAGUUAGUCCACCUAUGGAUCCAGUAUUCAAGACCGGAGGUCUUGAAGUAGCACUCCAUCCAACUCCUCCCCUUAAGGAAGAUGCAGACAGCCAGUCAUCCUUGACAGAAGAUGCUGCAGAAUCUUCUGUGCCUCCACAGACUUUAGCUGAAGAGCUACAAGAGGCUGAGGAACAGUCUACAGAACAUGUGCCAGAUGGGCCAUGUGAUGCUGGUCCACAGUCUGAGCCUAAGGGACUAAGAACAGAACAGGAAGAUGAAGAAGAAACAAGUGUGAAACAAAUAUCAGAUCCACCUGAAGACAGUGAACACAUUCCUGAUAUAGAAGAAAUCGCAAGAACAGCAAUGGUGCGUGUGCCUAGUGACGAAUUGAGUUUCCCAGUCCAAGAGAGCGCGCAUGACUCGGAUGGGUUAGAAGCCUUGGGUGCUGUUGGUGGGAGAUCAGAGUCCUUCAGUCCGCUGCCUACAAGUGAUGUAGAGUCUGAUGCAGAAAGCUCGUCAGGGGAUGAGGCAUACGAGAGGAAGGUGCGAGUUGCAAUUAGGGACAGUGUGGCAAAAAGCCUUUUCACAGGACUUGCCCAUCAUCUCAGUAACCCAGCGGGGCCUGGCCCAGACUGGGUACCUCUGGCCCGGGCAGCUGGGAUCACUGGGCCAGAAAUAGAUCACAUCAUUAAUGAGGCAGCUCAGGACCUCGAUAAAGACAUUAGAAAGAUGUUAGAGCAGUAUGAGGAAGGUAAAACUGGUGAUAGACCAAUCAGUGAACUGUAUGGAGAGUUGAUUGCACGAAAGAGACUGGAGUUAUAUAAUAGAUUUAGGAGAGACCCCCCUAGCUAAC